GAUUCCGCAGAUGGCUUGGGAUUUGAUCUACUGGCUGAUCUGCUUCUUCAUCGACAUUGCUCUCUUCGCCUCAAGCCUUUAUCAGUAUGUGAUGCUAACGGAUUUGGAGGCUGACUAUAUCAAUCCGUUUGAGCUAUCGACUCGUAUCAAUCAGUUGGUUCUUCCGGAGUUCAUUGCGCAUGGAGUGUUCUGUGCUCUGUUUCUGCUGGCACAGCGUUGGUUCAUGUUCCUCUUCACGGUCCCCCUUACUUACUAUAUCGUGAUGCUGUUUAUAAAGCAAAAGCAUCUUAUUGAUGUCACAGAAGUAUUCAGGGUUCUUAACACGGAGAAGAAGUGCCGGCUUGUCAAGCUCGGUGUCUACUUUUGUCUCCUCGCUAUAAUUAUUAUCAGGCUUACAAUAUCUGCUUUCAAUUCUUUGACUGAUGAAGAACAUGCUGUGGAUUAUUUUUGAGUACCCUCUGCUCGACAGUUGAAUAGCCACUCAUGUAAGUUUGUAUUCCAUGUGUUUUAUUUGUACUGUUGAAAAUAUGAUUUCUAGCGCAAUGAAUAGAUAAUUUACACCUCAGAAGGUAGAAUGAACUUCGGUAACUUUUACAUAGCGGGAAACCAUGUCUUUGUUGUUUUGAUAUCUCAAGUAUUCCAAUUCACUAAUAGGAACUGGUAAUGUGGCUUGUAAAUUGGAUCUUUUUGUAUAGUUGACUUUUCUUGAA